UGUGUGUGUGUGUGCGCACUUGUAAUGACCGUCAAUCGGGGAGGUUCAUAUGAAUACACAACUUCCAACUGUGGAGACACAGCAAACCGUGGAGCUCCACAGUUGCAGAAUCAUUAAAACGAGAUUUAAAUCAGCUUUGGGACAUCUCAGUAGUACCCCAUCAACGUUCGGCUGCGAUUUAACUCCAUCCCCGGUUUCCCACUUUGGAGUCAUAGCUUGCAGCCUGAAUAUGUGUAUUAUUUUCCGAUCUCAAGAAUAAUAUCAAGUGAAGAGCGCCAGCAUGAGGAUACACACUGCACAGUCUGUAUCUUAUUAGAUGCAGCGCAUGCGCAGUGCUGGUGCAGUGCACCUUGCGACGUGCCUGUUAACGUAUAUGGACAUGUCAUGGCGGGAUUAGUACAGCCACAACUGGCAAAAAAUCGGAUUCUCAGAAGUCAAACCAGACAGACAGUUCCAGAUAUUUUUAGUGAAGUUGAUCCUGAAGGAUUUACAGUGAAACAGCUGCCUGACAAAGGUAGAGCAGUCUUUACCACCAAAACGUUUGAAGAGGGAGAAUUCCUUUUGUGGUACAGAGGAGAUCUGGUAACCAGAGAUGUGGGGGAAAGAAGAGAUGCAGACUGUGAAACUUGCUUCAGAUACUUUUUCACAUGGAAAGGGACGAAAUGGUGUAGGGAUGCAUCAGUCGAACCAACUAAACAACAACUGGGACGACUCGUCAACCAUGGUUGGAGGGGUGAAGUCAACAGCAGAAUGAAGAUUAGAGAGAACCCUCACAAUGAACCAGAACUGGUUCUCUUCUCAUUGAAGAAAAUCAAAGAAGGUGAAGAAGUGUUAUAUGAUUAUGGGGUGGGAGAUAAUUUUGUAUUCCCAAGUCCUACUCAAUUACACAGUGGAGUCCAAGAUGAAAAACCUGAAAUUCUGCAAAAUUCUGCAAACCUCCCACCAGACCCAGAAAAAGUUUGUUCACCAUUCUCCGAGCCUGCCACACAAGAACUACUGGAACCAGAUGGAAACUUUUCACAGUCCAAUGUUCGAGCUGAUGAUGAUGAAACAUCUGAAGAUCGAUGCAGAAACCCCCCUAAUAACGAAACAAAUUGGGAACCAUCCCCUAAGCCUGCCACACAAGCUUUAAUGGAAUCAGAUGGUAAGAUUUCACAGUUCAGUGUUUCAGCUGAUAAUGAUGACACAUGUGAUGAUCCAUGCCGGAACCCCUCUAAUAACCAAGAACAUUGGGAACCAUCCCCUGAGCCUGCCACACAAGCGUUAAUGGAAUCAGAUGGAAAGCUCUCCCAGUUUGAUGUUCCAGUUGAUAAUGAUGACACAUGUGAUGAUCCAUGCAUAAACCCCCCUAAUAACCAAGUGCAUUGGGAAUCAUUUACUGAGCUUGCCACACAACCUUUAAUAGAACCAGAUGGAAACCUUCCACUCUCCAAUGUUCUAACUGAUGAUGCUGAAACAUCUGAUGAUCUAUGCAGAAACCCCCCUAAUAACGAAACAAAUUGGGAACCAUCCCCUGAGCCUGCCACACAAGCUUUAAUGGAAUCAGAUGGAAAGAUUUCACAGUUUAAUGUUUCAGCUGAUAAUGAUGACACAUGUGAUGAUCCAUGCAUAAACCCCCCUAAUAACCAAGUGCAUUGGGAACCAUUUACUGAGCUUGCCACACAACCUUUAAUGGAACCAGAUGGAAACCUUUCACUGUCCAAUUUUCUUGCUGAUAAUGAUGACACAUCUGAUGAUCUAUGCAGAAACCCCCCUAAUAACCGAGAGCACUGGGAACCAUUCCCUGAGCCUGCCACACAAGCAUUGAUGGUACCAGAUGGAACCCUUUCACAAAAUAUUUUUUCAAGUGAUAAUGAGGACACAUUAUCUGACCAUAAUGAUGAUAGUGAUGAUGAUCCAGACUAUGUCUGUGAUUCUCAAGGAGAUUCUGACUCUUCAGGGAAGACUUCAUUAAAUAAUUCUCAAGCAUCAUUGCCUAAGGCUAAAUGUACAUCAAUAAAUGGCAUCACUCGAUCACUGAAAUCUCUGUCAUCAGAUCAGUCAUUGGAGGCAUCAUCAAGAUAUGGAGGCAUUGAUGCUGACCAUGAGGGGAUAACUGUGAUGAAGACCAACAAUCAAGGAGGGCGAAAAUAUGACAAGGUAGCUUAUUGCAUGAUGUGUGAGAAGCCCCACAAAAAACUUCCUGAUCACCUGCGGUCACAACAUUCCAAUGAAAUAAAGGUGGCUCAAUACAUGGCAGCAACGAAUCGAAAAGAAAAGGAUAAGCUAUUGACAUUGAUAAGAAAUAAAGGAAAUCACAUGCACAACUACAGGGUCUUCGAAAAGGGUCAUGGAGAGCUUGUGGUCGUAUAUAGACCUUCUUGUGAAGCAAAGCCCCGUGAUUAUCAGCCUUGCAAAGAUUGUUUGGGAUGGUUUGCGAAAGCCGAAUUGUGGAAACACCGCUGCAUUUUGAAGCAAGAAGAGCCGGCUAAGGAGCAAAAGAAAAAACGAAGAAGACUAUUAGCACAAGGUCGACUCUUGCUUCCACCAGUGCCCUGCACAUCAAGAGAUUCUAUAACACACAAAGUACUGAGUGGUCUCAGCGAUGAUGAAAUCAAGGCCUGCAUUCUAAAUGAUCAGUUGAUUCUAGAAUUGGCCAAGGUGUACUCUAAGAAAUUGGGCCAUGACGAAGAACAGCACAACCACAUCAGAUGCAAGUUACGAGAACUAGGAAGACUUGUACUUCAGUUCAGACGUUGCAGCUGCAAUGGCAAGGCAAGUCUGACUUCCCUGAUAUCACCAAAUGGUUUUAUGACUGUCUUGAGUGCUGUCAAGAAAGUGGCAGGCUUUGAUGAGGAGAACCACUUGUUCAAUACACCAAUAAGGCUUUGA